AUGUCCAUCCCAAGCAAGACCCGCGAGUACCGUCUCCCGAAAACGGACGGCUUCCACAACCUCACCUUGGUCGAGGCGUACAUCCCCCAACUGAAGGCCACGGAAGUGCUCGUGAAAGUCCACGCCGUCUCGCUCAACUACCGUGACCUCGUCAUCGCUACGGGCCAGUACGUGGCCCCGCAGAAAGACAAUGUCAUCCCGGGCUGUGACCUCGCUGGCGACAUCAUCGCGGUUGGCUCCGAGGUUGCGGACUGGCGCGCGGGCGACCGUGUCACCUCGGCUGUCUCGAUGAACUAUGUCUUUGGGGAUGUCACGCUGGAGGCUAUGGAGACGGCCCUCGGCGCGCCCAUCGAUGGUGUCUUGACCGAGUACAAAGUGCUCCCCGAACGCGCGCUCGUGCGCAUCCCGGAGCACCUCAGUUACGAGGAGGCGUCCACCCUCCCGUGCGCGGCGGUGACCGCAUACAACGCCCUUCUCUUGCCGAACCCGCUGAAGGGUGGCGACAUUGUGCUCGUUCAGGGCACUGGCGGUGUAUCCAUAGUCGGCUUGCAACUCGCGGUGGCGUCGGGCGCCACCGUCAUCGCGACAUCCUCGUCUGACGAAAAGCUGAAGAUUGCGAAGGCGCUCGGUGCUACGCACACGAUCAACUACAAGACAACGCCGAACUGGGACGAGGAGGCCCUCAAGAUCACCAACGGCCGGGGUGUCGACCACAUCCUCGACGUCGGCGGACCAGGCACGAUCAUGAAGUCCGUGAAUGCCAUCCGCUUUGGCGGGACAAUCAGCCUCAUUGGCUUCGUUGCCGGAGCGGGCGACGUGAGCACACUGCCGCUCCAGGUGCUCAGCAAGGGGGCGAUCGUCCGCGGAGUGGUUGCGGGCUCUCGAGAGCAGUUCGAGAACCUGAACCGGCUGAUCUCGGCGGCGAAGCUGAAGCCAGUCAUCGACAAGGUGUUUGCGUUCGAGGACUUGCGCAAGGCGUACGAAUAUCUGGAAAGCCAGAAGCAUAUCGGCAAGGUCGUGGUCAAGGUUUCGAAAGAUUAG